CACACCGUUGUGUAUUCAUAUUUCCCACCCGAUUCGCGUAUACAGUUUUUUUCAGUUGAUGCCCAUUGAUUUUUCGCUGCUCGUCAUUCUCCGCAAGAAAACAAAUCCGUUCAGCACAGAAAGCCAAUCGGCUCCGCAGAGAUGUCGGAGAGCGCGGUGCCAGCUAGCAACGCCAGCGGCAACGCCAGUGAGAAAAUGGCCAGCCUGGUGCGGGAGGCGGAAAACUUGAAGGGAAAACUGGAGGAGGAACGCCAAAAGUUAAACGACGUCAACUUGGCUAACAUUGCGGAGCGCCUGGAACAGAUUGCCUAUGUGAAUAUUAAGCCGCGCAAGGUGCUUAAGGGACACCAGGCGAAGGUCCUGUGUACCGACUGGAGUCCAGACAAGCGCCACAUUAUCUCCUCCUCGCAGGACGGACGCCUUAUUAUCUGGGAUGCGUUUACUACAAACAAGGAGCACGCUGUGACCAUGCCCACCACCUGGAUCAUGGCCUGCGCCUAUGCCCCUUCCGGAAACUUUGUGGCCUGUGGCGGACUCGACAACAAGGUGACCGUUUACCCAAUAACCUCAGACGAGGAGAUGGCCGCUAAGAAGCGCACUGUGGGCACUCACACUAGCUACAUGUCGUGCUGCAUUUACCCGAACUCGGAUCAGCAGAUCCUCACUGGCAGCGGCGAUUCCACUUGUGCCCUGUGGGAUGUAGAGUCUGGACAACUGCUUCAGAGUUUUCACGGCCAUUCAGGCGAUGUUAUGGCCAUCGAUCUGGCCCCAAACGAGACGGGAAACACCUUCGUCUCCGGCAGCUGUGACCGCAUGGCCUUCAUCUGGGACAUGCGCUCUGGGCAUGUGGUUCAGUCUUUCGAGGGCCACCAGUCGGAUGUGAACAGCGUAAAGUUCCAUCCGUGCGGAGAUGCGAUUGCCACCGGAUCGGACGACAGUAGCUGUCGGCUAUACGACAUGCGGGCAGAUCGAGAGGUGGCCGUCUUUGCAAAGGAGAGUAUUAUCUUUGGAGUCAACUCGGUGGACUUUUCGGUCAGUGGACGUCUCUUGUUUGCCGGAUAUAACGAUUACACCGUAAACCUGUGGGACACCCUGAAGUCGGAGCGCGUCUGCCUGCUGUACGGACACGAGAAUAAGGUCUCCUGCGUCCAGGUCUCGCCCGACGGUACCGCCUUGUCUACCGGCAGCUGGGAUUACACCAUCCGGGUCUGGGCUUAAGCUAAUAAUAUUGUUAUCGCUUGUUUUUUUGUUUCAAGCCGAGCUCUAGUCAUUUUUUUUAUUAAUAGAUAAUGGAAUCGUGUAUCAGGUGUCCGGGAUCAAGACGAGGACUACCGACAAUACGGAGAUGGGGAUACUCCACCUGGUUAGUCCAUCUAGGCUAGCAAAUCAUUUGCAUAUGUGGCACGUACGUAGUCCUCAUGCUUGAUCCCGGACACCGCAGUGUUAUGGUUAUUACCAUCUUCCGUACAAUACGGAACCAAUAAAUAAAAUAUAUCUGUGUAACUAAAGUGUAACCAUUAUGCGUAUAGUUAUAAGUUCCUGUUCGAAAUAAAUGUUGAGCUAUACAAAGAA